AGUACGAAGGGUAGACAAUUUACAGACAAGAAGAAGACCCCCAAACUCCUAUUCUUCGCUGUUACUCGUCUCUGCAUUCCUCUUGAGCUUUCAAAGAAAGGCAAGGAAGGUUGGUCGUUUCUGCUUCUCCUUGAAGAUGAACGGCGGCCCAUUUGGUUUUCACAAUGCUCCUGUCACAAAAGCAUUCGUCGUUGUGUGUGCCCUCUUUACAGUCUUUGUUGGGAUUCAGGGCCGUUCGUCGACCCUCGGAUUAUCUUAUCAGGAUAUUUUCAGAAAGUUUCACCUUUGGAGGUUACUUUCAUCAGUUUUUGCCUUCUCAUCAACACCAGAAAUGAUGUUUGGAUUGUAUUUGCUCUACUAUUUCAGAGUAUUUGAGAGACAGAUAGGGUCCAAUAAAUACUCAGUCUUUAUCGUGUUCUCCAUAAUAGUCUCAUUGCUUUAUGAGGGCCUACUAUUGUUUCUCCUAAAAGAUCCGUCUAAAGUGCUAGUAUCUGGGCCCUAUGGUCUUAUAUUUUCCUCAUUUGUGCCAUUUUUCUUUGACAUUCCCGUUUCAACACGGUUUGGUAUAUUUGGUAUUCACUUCUCUGAUAAGACAUUCAUAUAUUUAGCUGGUUUUCAGCUUCUUUUAUCAUCUUGGAAGAGGUCUAUCUUACCAUGCUUGGGUGGCAUUCUUGCUGGCAUCCUAUAUCGCAUGAAUCUUUUUCGCAUUCGCAGAACGAAGUUUCCUGAAUGUGUCGCAUCGUUCUUUUCACGUCUGCAAUGGCCCUUUGCUGGAGGUUCAUCUCCUACGGCAUCAAGUGGGAAUAUUAUUGGAAACAUGCCUUCUUACGCAGGCCGCCCAGUGGAGGGAAAUUACCCUUCUACUCCUCUUGCAUCCGCCAUGGAACCACCCGAGGACUCCAUCGCUACUCUUGUCUCAAUGGGGUUUGACAGACAUGCAGCAAGGCAGGCUCUCGUGCGGGCUAGAAAUGACAUAAAUGUGGCGACAAACAUCCUACUAGAAGCACAGGGCCAUUGAUUGAAACCAGUGAAAUUUUGCUACUAAACAAAAACAAAAAAAAAGGAAGCUGGGUUGAUGAGGAACUGAAGAUUAAUAAUCACCUAUCCAUCUAGGGAGAAAAUGUCUAGGAGACUAACUAACGAUCCGCCUAAACCCAGAUCAAAUCUGCUAUCAGGAAGCUGACAAGGAACGGGUGGGACUUUUUUAUUUUUCUUGUUUCUUUGUCACCAUCCUGAGCUGUUAGUUUGGAGUUAUUUAAAUUAUACACUAGUGGAACUGUCAGAUUAUGAGCCUGUACAUUUUGCUUACGGUGUAUUUGCGUUGCACAUUUUUAGUUAAAUGCACUCAAAAGCUUUGUAUAGUUUCAGCUCCAAAA